AUGUUUCGUCGCGAACAGUCCGAACCUGGGUCGGUUGCAAGUCUUCCAACCGAUGUCAUCGACAUCAGCACAUUCGAGCAGAUCCUCGGGAUGGAUGAUAGUGACGAAGACCGAGAUUUCAGCAAAGGACUCGUGUACUCCUUUUUCAGCCAAGCGGAGUCGACGUUUCAGGAGAUGGAUGAAAACUUCGAGAAUAAAGACAUCCUCAAGCUGUCCUCCCUCGGCCACUUCCUGAAAGGCUCCUCGGCCGCCCUCGGGCUCACGAAGCUGAAGGACUCAUGCGAGAAGAUCCAGAAUCUGGGCACCCGGAGAGAUGAGACCGGCAUGCGCGAGGAGCCGGACAUGGACGUCAGCUUAAAGAAGCUGCUGCAGACCAUCCGAGACGCGAAGAACCAAUUCGGGGAGGCCGAGAGAGCGUUGAAGCGGUUCUUUGGCGAUGUGUCGAGUCAGGAGAAGUAA